GGCCAUAUCAGAAAUGUGUAAGAAUUAAGAAAAGGAUUGCGACUUGCGACCGAGUGUCUCAAUGUGUUUGAAAAUGAACGGCAACGAUAUUUCAAGAUUAUCGUACAAAGAAUUGCAGGCAUUAGCUCUCAGAUAUCGUGUACCAGGUAACAUAAAGAAGAAGCUACUGGUUAAAGUGUUGCAAGCCGCGGAAGGUGGAAAUGAAAACGAGGUUGGCAGGUUACUACAGGAUCUUAAGCAGAAUCGUAAAAGGAAAGUGAGAAAAAUCAAAAGUGAAAGAUUUCUUGGGUUAACCUCCACACCGUUACAUAGUCCUGAUUACGUUAUGGCCGAUGAUUAUUAUUGUCCCCAACAGCAACCACCAUAUCAGUGGGUUGGCGCAGAGGAAGAAAUUGUAAGUAGGGAUGACGAGAGUAGGAUUCCUCACUACGAAGAGUUUAAAGAAUUUUUAUUGAAGAAAAUACAAAAGGAAUUUCAAACUUACGAUGCAAAUAAUAAUCAAAUACAAAAUUCAGCCAUCGUGGACUUGAGGACUGCAACUAUUUCACAGAAUGCGCAAAGAAUUCCUUUAGAUAAUAACAAUUAUACUACAUCUAAUGUAAUCACCACUAAUAAUAAUGAUUCGUGUUCGUAUCAACCCAAUGAUCAUGUGGAAUAUCAAACAUUGGAAGAUACAAAUAACAAUAUACAGGGCUCUAUACUUUUGAAGAAAAUGUUACAAGCACCGGUUGGAGCUAAUUUGGGAGAAAUAGCUAGUCCUGUAAUAGAUGGUUAUCGCCUUUGGGGAAUGGAUCGCUUUCAGUCUAAUCAUUUAUUAGAUAACUCUGAUACUUUAACUGCCGAAUCGGAUAAUCAAGAUAACGAAGAAAAUUUGGAAAAUACUAUGCAAUGUUAUGGACUUUUAAGUGGUAUGAAAGGAGAAUAUUUGUUAAACGAACCAACUUUUGAAAAACAUGUCGAUGAAAUUGGCCAACAAGUCUCUAACGUUUUAACAAAUGAAAAUGUUAAUCAAUAUAAAUAUUCUACAAAUAUUGAAAUGCACCAAGAUUACGAGAAUUGGACCAUUGCCAAUGUUAUGGACGAUGCAUUGGAUGCCAACUGUGCAACGUCGGAGGCCCAGACCUCAAAAAUAUAUCAAACCGUAUAUUACGAUAAUACAGGAUCUUCUUCUUUAGAUAAACCUAUAAACAAUGAGAAUUUAACAUACCAAUAUCGUACGAAUGAAAAUAUACAUGGUUAUAACUCUAAUAAAAAUUCAUCGAAUUUGAAUUCGAUGGAACAAAAUCAGUACUACGAGACAAACGUUAUUCCCAGUGUGCAAUCUAAUUGUAACAGUACGUAUUAUUUACAAAACUCAAUUAAAUGUACUACAGAAACUAACGAAGGAUAUAUUCAAAGUACACAUUCUUAUUCGAAUGCAAACAUAAAUCAGGAUACGUCUACCGUCUCUCAAACAUUUUCUAAUAACUAUCGCUAUAACUCUAAUCCUUUGUACGAAUACUCGUAUUUCAACAACAAUAAUCAUGAAAAUCCCAUUCCAUCGUCUGGAAACUUUCAACAACAGGCUGAUAAUUGUUGUUCUACGAAACAACCUGAAUCGAGUACAAAAGAAAACAUAUCUUGUACAACGGAUAAGAUGCAAACGAACGGAUUAUUGGACCCAUUUAGAUCAAGAAAUUUCACGAAAAUUACCGCGGAUCCCAUUUUGGAGAGUAUCUUAAAUCUCAUUAACACUAAACGCAUAGAUUUAUCAAAAUUGGAUCAAACAUCUUGCGUAUAUUGUUAUAUAGCGCCUAUCGUCACGCAUACAUUGGUAUCAUCUCAUGUAACUUGUUCUCAGAAAGCAAGAUUUGUCGCCGAAUACAGGCAGCAUUCUUUUUCUCCACAUUGGUUACUGUAUAACGAUUCCUCAUGUGGAUUGCGAAUGGCUAAUUUGCAAAUAGAAUUCGAAGAAAGAAUGACAAAGGAAACGCGAAUUCUAGAUACAUCAACACCCAAAAGUGAAUCUGAUUUAAAGGAAUCAAUCGCAGAGAGCGAAGAUUCUAUUACCGAAGUUUGGGCUAAAAAUUAUACGAAUUAUAAAUCUGCCGCGGAAAAAGAUUCAAAUAUAUGCGAAGAUUUAAAUGUCGAUGUCACAGAUUGUUUAUUUUCAGUAAUAAACACUGAACCAUUAGUCAGUCGAGUAGAUGACGUUUCUCUAAAGGAAGCUCAAUGAGAGAACAGAUAUCUACCUGAUAUCAGAUAUCAGAUAUCAGAUAUCGGAUAUCAGCUGAUCGCUGAUCGGUAAUCGACGGUUGCCAAUGGUGGUUCAUUAAAUUAUACAAUAUGUAGCAUUUAUAUAAUUCAGAUUGAAAAAGUACAAACCUUUGAUAUUAUGUAAUUUAGAAAGAAAAGUAAUUACACGUUAUUUAUAUCUAUUUAAGAAUCUAAAAUCUAACAUAAUCAAAG